AUGCGGCCCCGCCCAGGGCCCGCCGGCAGCAACGCAACGGAGGCGGCGGCCGCCUGCGUGUCUGAUGCCCCUGCUGCAGCAGAGCAGACAUUAGCAGGCAAGAGACAGCCGCGUUGGAUUCGUUUUCUUGCCCGAAGACUGCGGUGUAUCUACGUCAAAGAAGAACGGCGGACAGCAGACUGGUGUCAAGGGGCUGCUACACAACGGCCAGGCCAUAUCGGCCGCCGCCGUCGCCUCCGCCUCCGGCGCCACAGAAGAGGGGCCCCGCAAGAGGCCCUCGAUAAUGGAAAGCAGCAGUGGCAGCAUAACAGACUAGAUGAUGGGGGUUCAUUUGGUAUCUUCAUUCCGGAAGAAGCGGAGCUGCAGGCCACGGGUGCAGCAGCAGCAGCUGCAGCUGCAGCAGCAGCAGCUGCUGCGGCCGCAGUAGCAGCAGCAGUUGAGAGGGGCCCGGCAAGUGCUGAGAAGAGCUCCAACGCCCCCACACGUUUUUGUAGUGACAAGGGCGACGACAAUGGCUCAUGCAUGCGGUCGGAGCCCACUGAUACUGCUGCAGUCCUCUUGCAUGCAACGGAAGGACCGAGGAGCAGCAGCCCCAGUGCACCCGGGGUAGAGGGACAGCUGACAGCUUUGGCGCCUGUCAGCGUCGUAUUGGAGUCAGAUAUAUGUAAAGUUCAUCCGGAAACAACGGAAGAUGGCGAUGACUUGAGCAGAGAUAAGGAAGAGACCGACGCGGGGGCAUCGAGUGCAGUCCUCGUCGAGGGCGCCGAAACAGACGCUGCAGCGGCAAUCACAACUGCGAAAGCAGCAGCUGCUGCUGGAACUGUUAGGACUGUUGCUGCUGCUGUUGUCUCGCCUUCGCCUCCCCUUCCUGCAGCGAGCGCUGGGGGGGUGCACGUAAGUUUGUGGCCCUUCAUGUCAGUUGACGGGUUGCGGGCGGAGGAUCCGACGCAUUUGUUUACUCGACUGGAGGAGCAGCGGCUGCGGUUCAAUACACUUCAACGGCAAGCAGCAGCUUGUGCUCCAGGAGAGACCUUUACCUGGGACAGGAAGCACGAGGCCCAGGAGCUGUCGGCGCUGCUGGUGAAUGCAGCGGUACGGUCGAUGCUGGGGCCUGCAAACCACAUGCCUUGUGUGCAUUCGCAUGACGGCAUUCAAGUCUGGAAGGGAGAGUCAGGUGUGGGAAACUUGGCCUGCAGAGCUCGGUUUCUGUUGCCAGUGGAGCCUAGGCUUUAUGCCAUGUUCGCAAGUAAUUCGGAGUUGCGCCUGUCUUGGGACAAAAGCGUGACGGAGCAGCACGUGGUGGAGAAUUUAGACGCGGGUCACGACAUUUGCUAUGUUGCAUUUAGGCGGGUGGCGACGGUUUACCCGCGCGAUGUAGUGACACUUCGAGUCAAGUGCAGGCUGAAUAUGCGUCCGGGAAUUGCCAGCCCCGACUGUGCUGCUCCUGGCAGCUCUACCGAGGAGCUGCCUGAAGGCGGUGGCGUCCUCAGUACCAACGUCAGCAGCGGAGACGAAACAGUAGACGCUGAGGCGACCGCGUACGGCUCGAUGAGCUGCUCCAUUCAUCACCCCGAUGUGCCUGAAGCACCUGGGCGGGUUCGGAUGGACAUUCGCAUAAAUGCGUAUCUCGCAAAGCCUGUUUGCACUCCUUUUGGCUUAUGGAGUGAAGUUACGCUCUUCAACGAGUCCGACCCGGGCGGUUGGAUACCGGCGGCGAUAACGAGAACAAUUUCCGCCAAGCUACUUCCACUGACAGUGGAGAGAUUUUCGGCUCAAAUAUUGAAGCACUACGACAUGACUUGGACAGGAUCAGCCACGGGCUUUGCAGCUCGCAAGCUGAAGAUGAGUAAACUAGUGCUGACUUAG